UUAUCACAAAAACAUUUGUGUGAAAAAUAUUGGAAAAAUAAAUGAAAUACUCAUCUACAUUCAGAUGACUAAUAUUUUCAAUACGUUCUAGUAAAUCAUUGUUCGUACUUCGAUGCGGUCAAUAAUCAAAAUCAAGUGACUUAAAGAGACGAUUAGAGUUUCGUUGAUAACAACAAAAAAAAAUAAUAAAAUUAUUGUGAUAUCUAUACCUAUAUAUAACUAGAAAACCGAAAUUGCGUUAUAGAAAAACUGUAAACUGAAUGAAAAUUGGUGGAAAUAUUUUUUGUGAAAAUGAUUGGUGAUACAAUGUUUACGUUUGUGUUGCUGUGUUCAGUGUUGUUUGUCGUACAAUUACGGAGUGAAUCAAUUAAUAUUGUUGGAAAAGAUUGUAAACUGACAGAUCCAAUAUACAAAAAUACGUUCGAUUUAACACCGUUACGUACAACGUUCAAUUAUACUCAAGUGCUGACCAAAACAGAUUAUGUUAACUUUAAUAUUUGUGGGGAUAUACUACCCAAAUGUAACAACUUAACACAUGUAGCAGCUUGUUUCAGUAAAAAUGGAUCGGAGCAUGUAAUGGGAACACAAUCCGAACCAAUACUAACUGAUGGCCGCAUUUACUUUAAUUACACCGGCGAUAAAUGCGCGACAAACCCGUCGAAAAAGUACAAUCUUCAAAUAAUAUUCAUUUGCGACUAUUCGAAUCCAAUACUGGAACCAAUAACCAGCAACGAAUAUUCUGAAGAUGAUUGCAGCCUCCAUGUUUUUAUGAGAACGUCGCACGUUUGCCUACCGCUACCCAAGGAACUAGAAUCAAAUGACUGUUCUGUAACGGAUGACAAAAAUCAUAAUUUCAACUUAAUGGCCUUAAGCCAAUACAAUAAUAGGAUUCCCAUUGAUGAUAACAGAAGUUUUGUGAUUAAUGUUUGUAAGUCAGUGCUUUACGGACAUAACGACAUGUGCCCACCCGGCAGCAGCAUUUGCUUGCAGAAUAACAAUGAAUCGAAUUUGAGCAAAAAGUUCGUUAAUUAUGGAUCAACUGUUGCCAAUCCGAAAUAUGAAAAUGGGAAAUUGUUCAUGCACUUUACAUCAACGGAAAAGUGCAACGAAACGCUUUACAUCAGUUCCCACAUCAAUUUUAAUUGUGAUACAUCGAUUGAGAUUGGACAUCCAGAGUAUUUAGGUGAGCGUAGUUGCGAACAUCGGUUCGUGUGGAAUACUCAAUUGGCCUGUAGUAAUUCUGUGGAGCCAUGCGUUGCGACAGAUGCAAAUACUGGAUUUAAGUUCAAUUUAACUUCGUUGGCCGGCACUGAACAUACCGUUAAACAUGACAACAAAACCUAUUCAUUUGGCAUUUGUAACAUGGCUAAGACUUGCAAAGACAAAAAUGGAAUUUGCGAAAAAGACGACAAAGGCCAAACAACAUCCUUGGGCAUGUACAACGAUCAUUUGAAAUACAACCAAACUGGCUCACCAUAUCUGUUGUACGUUGGUGGUGAUGUCUGCACGAAACCUUCGCGUCAAUGGACAACGAAAAUUGAGUUUCUGUGCGGUAAGGAUGGUGACGCUGGACCGAUUAUGGUAGAGAAUACCGAUUGUGAAGUUGUUAUUCAAUACAAAACCGAAUUGGUGUGCCAGAAGGAAAUAAAUUGUCGGACCUAUAAUCACUCAAGCGAUUCGGAAAUCGAUUUAUCAUCGUUGAUCAGCACGACGGUAAACUAUUUGGCCGAAGUAAAUGAAACUUUAAAAUCGACUGAGGGACCACCAGUUUUGCAUUACUUGAAUGUAUGCAGGCCGUUGGUUCCGCAGUUUGGAUUGAGUUGCCCGGGAGGCUCAUCCGCUUGUCGGGCGGUGAACAGUUCGACAACACCGACAUCUGAAUUAAGUCUGGGAUAUCCUGACAUUUCAUUGACUGUGGUAAAGAGCAGAGUUCAUUUGAAAUAUCUUCGUGGAAGUGCAUGUCCGCAAGAUCCUGCCACUCAAUUGUCGUCGGUUGUUCAGUUUUAUUGUCAUCCUGCUGCGGGACGAGGAAAACCAAUUCUGCAAGAGAAUAUGCAUGAUUGUCACUAUGUGUAUGAAUGGGGCACGAACGUAAUGUGUCCGUCACAUUUACUCAAAUUGACGACCGAUAAGUGUGACGUAUUCAAUGACCAAUUGAACGCAACUCUGAAUUUAAAGAAGAUUACCAAUAAUGGAAUCGUUACGGUGAAGCGAGAAUCCAAAUCGUUUGAUCUGAAUAUUUGUGCGAACAAUCGAAAAGUUGAGACUGACUACGCUCAAGGCACUGUGAAGGUUUUCUUUGACGGUGGUCGUUGUACACCGGAAGAUCCAUACAGCGUGGAACUGAAUAUCGUUUGUCGGGAAGCAGAGAAUCGUUUAGCGCCAACUUUUACUGAUUCCUGUGGCUUAGUGCUUAUCCGAGAAACACCACUCAUUUGUCCAUUGCUUGGUAUUACAAUUAAUCCAACUGACGACUCAACGAAACCGGAUACGACGGAUACAGAUGCAAAUGGUGAACAUACCGUUGAUACCAAAAUACCAGCUUGGGGUGCCGUACUUCUAACGCUAACAAUUCUGCUGGUUUUCGGUGGUUCCAUUUACAUGGCAGCGAAUUCCAAUCGUCGGGCUAAGGUCAUAUCGUUAUUCCGAAGGCGCAACGUUUCGGUACAGUAUUCGAGGGAUGAUUUCAAUACCGAAUAGGUCUACAUAUUGCACACAGAGGUACGUAGCGACGAAGAAGCUAGUCUAUUACUCCCUCAACCGGGCAGCUUGUCAGACAGUGACGAUGAUUUAUUAGCAUAAUUUGUUGUUUUGUUGUAAAAAUAUAUAUUUUUCUCCUCUUUUAUUCCUUUCAAUUAUUUUCCGUCUUUUUUUAAGCACAAUUUCCUGUUGUACUUUUCCAGUCCAAAUUUAUUUCCACUUGAUUUUUUUUCGUCUUUUUUAUAUUUUCAUUUUCCCUCCUUAUAAAUAUAACUAAAGAAAGAACUGAUGUUUUUUGGGUUACGCAAUAAUAUGGUAAUCACGGUAUAUUAUACAUGUUGUGUCUAAAUCAAAAAGCCAAAUAAGGAAUAUUAUCAACGAAAUUACCGGAACUAUUUUAUUGAAUAAUUAAUUUCCGUUUUUACUUUGUUAUUGUGUAAUUUUGUACUUAGUCAUUGAAAUUAAUGUGAUGUUACGUUAGAUAUAAUAAGUGGCUUUUUCUGAUACACUAAUACAACGUUUCGACAUUAUUUUUGUUGGUACAAACAUGUUACCAGCGGAUAAUGGAGAGAAUUGUGGUUAUUUUCUUGAAUUAGUUAAAAAGAUGAAGAGAAAUGUUAAAGAAAAUUAAUUAAAAUAAAUUAUUUGUGAUAAGCUACACGAAAUGUGAA